AAUAGUUUAAGAUAAAAAGUCAAACAUUUUGUUAUAGAUAAAAGACAGUAAAAAUCAAACUGAACUAUAGACAAUAUUAGAAGUCCUAAAAAGAUGGAAAAAAUGUAUAAAAUAUGGGAGCUUGGGUAAUUGUUAUGUGGUUGUGGGAGAUUUAUUAAAUGUUAUCGCAAUAUAAAAUAGAAGGUGACCUGAAAGUUCAAAUCGGUGGGGCUUCAUAUUCUAAAUAUGAUUAUUUUCUUUGUCGUAGGGAAGCUAAUGCCUCAGCAUGUACACUUCAUAUUCUAAAUAUGAUGAAUUUAGCAUAUCAAUAAAUUUAUUAUCAUUGGUCAAAGAAAAAAUUAAAAUGAAUAGUGUACAAAUUAACGUACAGUGAGUCUAUGCGUGUUGAGAGAGAGCGUCUUCAUGGCAAAUGCCAGCCCCCAUGAAAGAGCUCCUUGCUCUGGUCCACGGCUCCCCGUCUCACACCAAACAAAUCCACGCCCUCUCCAUCACUUCAGGCCAAGCCCACAACCCUUCCCUCCUCAACUCCCUCCUCAACGCCUAUGCAAAGUGCAACAUCUCUGUGUACGCCCACUAUGUGUUCAACCAAAUGCCCACAAAAGACAUCAUCUCUCUAACCUCUCUCCUCACUUCCCUCACUCUCUCCAACCUCCCUCACCAAGCCCUUCGCCUCUUCAAAUCCACUUUCUCUCGCUACAAACUCACCCCUGACCACUUCCUCUAUGCGACUCUGGCUCGAGCAUGCACCGCCCUAUCAAGCCCGAGGCUUGCUCGUCAGGUCCACGCUCGUUUCCUCCUCUCCGAGCACUCAACCGACGAUGUGGUCAAGUCUUCGCUUCUCGAUAUGUAUGCAAAGUGCGGGCGCUUGGAAGAAGCUCGACAAAUGUUUCGACAAAUCUCUCGUCCUAAUUCUAUUGCUUGCACUGCAAUGGUUAGCGCAUUUGCCAAGGCCGGUAAGCUCGAAGAGGCCCUCGAUCUCUUUCGGGAUAUGAACCUAACAGACCCCAUUUCUUGGACUGCUCUUAUAUCAGGUUUUGUGAAGAGUGGAGAUGGAUUCAAAGCUCUGGAACUCUUUUUGGAGAUGCGUAAGGGCGGGGUUAAGUUAGACCCAUUUAGUCUCUCUAGUGUUAUCGGGGCCUCCGCCAAUUUAGCGGCCCUCGAACAGGGCAAGCAGCUUCAUUCCUUAUUGGUGAGAAGUGGGUUCGAAUCGAGCAUGGUGGUGGGUAAUGCUCUGGUUGAUAUGUAUGCUAAAUGUGGUGAUGUCGAGGCCUCGAGGGUGAUUUUUGAUGGCAUCAGAGCUCGUGAUGUGGUUUCUUGGACCACCAUGCUUGUUGGCCUUGCCCAACAUGGGAGAGCACGGGAAGCUUUGGAUUUGUUUACAGAGAUGAGAGCUCGAGGCCUUAAACCAAAUGAGGUGACCUUUGUGGGCUUGCUAUAUGCAUGUAGCCACGCAGGGCUAGUGACAGAGGGUAUCCAUUACUUCGAUUCAAUGAGCAGAGACCACUGUCUCACUCCAUCUCUACAACAUUAUACAUGUAUGCUCGAUCUUUACGGCCGAGCUGGGCUCCUCAAAGAGGCCGAAGAGCUCAUCCAAAGCAUGCCGAAGGAGCCUGAUGAGGCAGCAUGGGCUGCACUAUUAAGUGCCUGUAAGAGUCAUGGUGAGGCUCAAAUGGGUAUCAAAAUUGCAGGCCAUCUGCUAAGUUUAAGGCCGAAAGACCCAUCUACUUAUAUAUUGCUUUCGAAUAUUUACGCAAGUGCUCGAAUGUGGGAUGAGGCAUCAAAGGUCAGAAGCUUAAUGUCUGACAUUGAUGCUAAGAAGAGGCCUGGUUUUAGUUGGGUUGAGUAUGGGAACAAAGUCCAUGUGUUUUGUGCAGGAGAUGUAAAGCAUCCUCAAAAAGAUGAGAUAUUGGGUUUACUUAGAGAAUUAGAGGUGGAGAUGAGGAAGAGAGGAUAUGUACCUGAUACUAGCUUUGUGUUGCUUGAUUUGGAGCAUCAAGAGAAGGAAGAGCAGCUCUCUAUGCAUAGUGAAAGGUUAGCCAUUGCUUGUGGGCUGAUAAAUGGAGUGAAGGGGGUGCCCAUCAGGGUCGUGAAGAACCUCCGUGUGUGCGGUGAUUGCCACAUUGUAAUUAAGCUCAUUUCGGAGAUUGUGGACAGAGAAAUUGUGGUUAGAGAUGCGAAUCGGUUUCAUCACUUCAGGGAAGGAAAGUGCUCCUGUGGUGAUUUUUGGUGAUCUGUGUGUGUUAGAGAGAGAGUAGCCUUUGUAUCAACAAACUGCCCUGAAAAUUGUUUGCAAUUGUAUCUCUUUACAGUUUGACAAGUACAGUGAGGUCUUAAGAACAUAAUUCUUGUAAUUGAAUCACUUUACAGUUUUGAUAGUACAAUUAGGACUUUAAGAGCAUGGUUCUUACUUGAUUCUCUUUUACUCUUUUAGAAGUACUGUUAGGACUUAUGAGCAUAAUUCUUGCAAUUGAAUCUCUGUACAGUUUGUAACCGGAUACUGUAC